AUGGCGCCCGCCGACCUCCAGCCUCCGUGUCUCCAUCUGCAGGCCCAGACCAAUGCACCCUCCUGGGAGUGUGCUCGCUGUGGAAACAGGGAGGGCGGGGCUGGCAUUUUCUCAGAGUUCUCCUUCCACUCCCAUCACGUGAACCCCAAGCCUGGUGGGUAGCGCGACAUCCUCGUGUCGAGCACGCUGCUCACAGACUGGAGCCAGAACACGAUGAAGGAGCUGCACCUGGCCAUCCCCGCGGAGAUAACCCGGGAAAAGCUGGACCAAGUGGCAAACGCGUACCAGAAGAUGGAUCAGCUGUACCAGUGGAAGAUGUAUGUCAUGUGUACAGAGGAAGAUAGCUGUGUAAGGCCUCCUGCUUUACAUGUAAGUCUUUGUAGAAAUAAUUGGCACAACCUGGUAUCACCAACCUUCACAUGUCUAGAGCCCAAUCACCUGGCCAGCCUGACCCUGGAAAAUGCUUCUGAGUGCCUGAGCAGCACCGAUGGCUGCCAGCCCAUGGAACCCGCCCCAGCUGCAACGUGGAGCCAGGUCUCAGUUUGA